AUGGCAAAACUCAAACUGAGCUCCUGGUUCAACCGCAGCCCUCCGUCAACCACACCUGCAGAUAGCGAGACGAAGAAGCAAAAUAGACACUCGUUCUCGGCUGUGUCGGCCUCACUCCUGGGCAAGAACUCUGCCACAAAUGGCGUUGCAGUAUCUCCUGCGCAGCCCAGCAAAGCUGACACGGCUUCGACGCAGUCCCCAUCCCGGAUGGUGACUCUGGCUCGGGAGAUUGCCAGGGAGACGGAGAAACUCGAGGCGUAUAUGAAGGACAACAAUAUGGCCAUGCCCAGUUUUGACGUUGAUGCCCCCGCAGACUUUCCUAAACUGCCAGACGACAUUCAGAAGAGCAGACGGGAGAUCAUCUGCGCGACCAAGGAACUCGGCUUGCUGGCACACGGCCCCCGUGAGUCGGUGAGGUGGGGCAUCUGGGAGUUCCUGGACGUGAUGGCACUUACUACCCUCAAUCACUAUGGCAUUGCCAAACUUGUCCCCGUCGAUUCGUCCAUUACCCUCGCCGAACUCCAGACCAAAACAACUCUGGACCCCAUCAACCUCGCUCGCCUGCUCCGCCUUGCCAUGACCAAUGGCAUUUUCUGUGAACCCAAACCGGGCGUGAUUGCUCACACGGCCGCAUCCCGCGUGCUAGCAGAGGACGAAAACAUGCAGGCCUGGGUUGGCUUCAACGGCGAAGACAUCUUCAGAGCCUCGGGCCAUGUCGUGCAGGCGCUCAAGACGUAUCCCGAAGCGACGUCGCUGACUCGCACCGGCUUCCAGUUCGCCUUUGACACGGUCGAUAAGGAACCCAUGUUUGCUACCUUUGGUAAGGACCCGGAAUGGGCUCGCCGCAUGGGUCGCGCCAUGGCCAGCCUGACAGGCGGCGAGGGGUACGAGCCUUCGUACUUUGUCGAUGUCGACAAGGGCGGCUACGACUUGACUGACGUCGAUGCGGCUGGCGGGACCUUUGUCGACAUUGGCGGGUCUCACGGCUUCAUGUGCGUCGACUUGGCUGCCAAGUACAGGAACAUGAAGUUCGUGGUCCAGGAUCUGCCCAAGACGGUCGACAGUGCGCCAAAGCCCAUCAGCGCAGAUUCUCAGAUCGCCGAGCGCAUCACGAUGCUGGCUCACGACUUCUUCACGGAGCAGCCGAUCAAGGGUGCUGACGUCUACUACUUCCGCUGGAUCAUCCACAACUACUCGACUCCUUAUGCCGUCCGAAUCCUCAAGAACCUGAUCCCUGCUCUCAAACCUGGGGCGCGCAUCAUCAUCAACGACCACUGCCUGCGAGAGCCAGGCCAGGAGAACCCAUGGGACGAGCGGGUCAUGCGCCGCAUGGAUGCCGUCAUGCUUGCGCUCCUGAACGCGCAGGAGCGUACCGAGGCCGAGUUCAAAGAUCUUUUCAAGGCUGCCGGGGACGGCUUUGUCUUUAAGGGUGUCCGGAGACCUGAGGGCUGCCGGAUGAGCAUCGUCGAGGCUGUUUGGCAGCCUGAUGCGGCCGCUACCGCUCCUGCGGCUGAACCUAAAGCUGCCGCUGUGCAACCGGCCGCUACUGCCGAGGCGGCAGCUCCCGAGGAAACUAAGGCGGAGGAGACCAAGACGGAGGAAACUAAGGUCGAGGAGCCCAAGACCGCGGAGACCAAGUAA